UUACGGCCCAGCGGGAACAGACUGUAUUCUCCUUCCGCAUUACUCUGCAAAUAAAAAGGUGCCAUUGCGGUUCCGCGUUUGUGCACUUGUCCUCGGGCUGAGCAAGGCGGGUGGCCUGUUCUUACCGCUGGGCUCUGCUGCCCCCACCCCCAUUUCGGUGACUAAACCUGCAGCUCUGAUCCUGUUCCCAAAGGAGCAGGAGGCUGGGCUCACCCCAGGCAGCCCCUGGCCUCCCUGACGGCCCCCCCCGGUGGGGCUCAGUGCUUUGAUCGCCUUUCCAGCGCCGAUACUGCAGUAGCUGGGCCGGGCCUAGAGCUCGCGGUGACGAACACCGGCAGCCUCCUGCCUACAGUGUUCCGCGCUGUAGAAGAGCCUGCCUUGGCGCUGAGCUGGUCGUGGCUGCUUCAGCAGUGGGCCUGCGCCUCCCGGUAGGCCAGCCCUGUCCCAGAUCCAGGUGCCUGCCCCGGAAGCGCGCGGCUGCCCGGAAUGAACCCGGAGGGCGACGGGCGGCUGCUUCGGCCGGUAGGUGGAGGCGUUGACCAGCCUCUGGGAACGGGGCGGGGCCUAGUGCUGGGGGGGGACUCCGCCACGUCCCCAGGAGGCGAGGUCACCCGGCGACCUUUACCCGGCGCGUUCCCGUUAAGAUGGCGCUGGUGGCUGCUGUGCGAGUCCCGGCGCGCGUUCUGUUCCGCUCGGGGGCCCGGCUCCCAGGCGCUGCCCUCGGGCGGACGGAGCGGGCGGCCGGCGGCGGAGACGGCGCGCGGCGCUUCGGGAGCCAGCGGGUGCUGGUGGAGCCGGACGCGGGCGCCGGGGUCGCUGUCAUGAAAUUCAAGAACCCCCCAGUGAACAGCCUGAGCCUGGAGUUUCUGACAGAGCUGGUCAUCAGCAUGGAGAAGCUGGAGAAUGACAAGAGCUUCCGCAGUGUCAUUCUGACCUCGGACUGCCCGGGUGUCUUCUCGGCCGGCCUGGACCUGACAGAGAUGUGUGGGAAGAGCCCCGCGCACUAUGCGGAGUACUGGAAGGCUGUGCAGGAGAUGUGGCUGCGGUUGUACCAGUCCAACCUGGUGCUGGUCUCCGCCAUCAACGGAGCCUGCCCCGCUGGAGGCUGCCUGAUGGCCCUGACCUGUGACUACCGCAUCCUGGCGGACAACCCCAGGUACUGCAUAGGACUCAACGAGACCCAGCUGGGCAUCGUUGCCCCUUUCUGGUUCAAAGACACCCUGGAGAACGCCAUCGGGCACCGGGAGGCGGAGCGUGCCCUGCAGCUGGGGCUGCUCUUCCCACCGGCGGAGGCCCUGCAGGUGGGCAUAGUGGACCAGGUGGUCCCGGAGGAGCAGGUGCAGAGCACUGCGCUGUCAACGAUAGCCCAGUGGAUGGCCAUUCCAGACCAUGCUCGACAGCUGACCAAGGCCAUGAUGCGGAAGGCCACGGCCAGCCGCCUCAUCAUGCAGCGUGAUGCGGACGUGCAGAACUUUGUCAGCUUCAUCUCCAAAGACUCCAUCCAGAAGUCCCUGCAGAUGUACUUAGAGAGGCUCAAAGAAAAGAAAGGCUAAUGACUGGGCUGCCACAGGCUUACAGCCACACGUGCCCCUGUGGGUCCCAGGGAGGUCUUAAACAAGGUAUUUUUCAACUUAAAA